AUGUUGAUCGCUCGCUUCUUUACAGGAUUCGGCGCAGGUACUCUUGGAGUGCUACGUAGUUUCGUCGCCACUGCUAGUACUCGAUCAAGUCGAAUACGUGCAAUAUCCAUGGGAACAGCAGGUCUUACAACAGGUCUCUCUAUUGGACCUGCUAUCCAGAUACUUUUCAUUCCACUUGGGAAUGCUGGAUUCUUUGUGGGACCGUUGCUUUUCAACAUGUACACCUCCGCUGCGUUUUUCAUGUUUCUCAUCAACAUCAUUUCUAUCUUUGUGGUGCAUAUUGUACUCGUCGAAGAUUACGUCGGUAUCAUAAGUGACGAUGAGAAGAAAGAAGAUCCUUUCCUCGUCAUUCCGAAAUUCGAUCGAGUUCCCGUUCUUCUUCUGUUCUACAUGUGGUGGAUGCUUUGUGGAGUUGCUAGUACAGAGGGACUCGCGGCUCCAAUAACGAUCGCUAUGUAUAAUUGGACAAACGAAGAAGCGGUUCUGUACAACGGCAUCAUACAAGUGAUCUCAUGUGGAGUGUCGACAUUGGGCUACACGAUUAUCGGUUCGACACGAAUUGGAACAUGGGAUCGUCGUCUCGUCGUAGCCAUGGGCCUUUUAGGGUUCUGGUAUUCUCAUUUUUGUCACUAUCCCCUACCGUUCUACGAGGGCCCUCUAACGAGACCUCCUUUAGGCAUACUUCUCAUUUUAGUGAAUGGCACAGCAUCUGUAAGUGGUGGUGGAUGUCCUGUUGAGUACGAAUGGUGCGACUACACCCCCAGGGUGCAAUUCAAGGACUAUUUGCUUUCACAGGAAGUAUGGCACAGUUCACCGUUCCUAUAUUUUCCACGUAAGAAAAAUUAUUAUAGUUGUACGAAGAGCCCUCUCCGCAGGGCUUUAUUUGAAACGUCUGGCUACAAAUACAUCAUGGUGUAUCAUUUGGUGGCGAUUACUUUGGCUGGAUUGAUGGUCUUUAUACUGCGUGGACGACUCGUCCCGCUCGAAAUGACCCCUUCAGCUGGGAAGGCGACAAAGUAUAAACGAGGAACGUUCUACCGAAUGUGA